AUAUCAAGAUUUCAAAUACUACUACUACUCUAUAAGGCGAUGGGUUUGAAUUUCCGCGGAGAAUCGGACGGCAUCCGCACCACCCCGGCCUAGAGCGCAAUAUACGGACGAUCGUUGCGCCAAGGGCCGGGGAUGCUGCUCGUGUAAUGAAGUGUGUACCGCGGUGGCUGGCCGAGAUGGACUGCUGUCAUUAUACGCUGUAUUCACGGAUACUUCGGCGGUGCAUUGAAUACAGUAUAGCGAAUCAAGAGUGAUGGCAAACGGACUAGUGAAUUUCCAGGACGUGGAUAGCAAUGACGAUCCUGCAGACGAUUGGCCGAUGCACGAAAACGUAUUGCUUUCGUUGUCCGAAGACGUGCGGCCGACAGCGAUGGAUUACGGGGCGGGCAACGACGACGGUGCCGCGGCCGCGGUGGUCUCCAACGUGCAAACGUGUCUGGCCGAACCGGUGAUACCUACGACCGCGACCGAGAAUCGACUGCGGCCACAGCCGCAAACGGCGCGGGACGACGCGAUGGCCGCGGCCAGACGGAUGCAGACGCGACUGAUGGCCAUCCGGUCGGCGUACACAGACGGCAAGUACUACGAGCCCAAUGCGCGAUACGUGUCCCGGACGGUGGAGGAGCUGUGCACGUGGACGGAGGACGUGCCGACCAACGUCCACACUUACACGGUCGGCACGGUGGACUACGACCGCGAUACGGGCGCGUGCCAUCUGCACGGACUCGUGGACCCGCGGAGUCGCGUGGCCGUCGACUGCAGCCCGUUGACGGACACGCUACCGCGGCACCGAAGCACCGUGAAGAUGUUCGCCACUCUCCGGACGCGGGAAGACAGUGACGGGGUGGUCACGCCGGUUUUGGUGCCCGACCACUUUCAGGUGUUCUCCUGUGCCGGUCUGUUCCGCUGAGGCCGCGGUAGUAGAUUUCCUCAAACAUUUUGGAAUAAAGAAAAACGCAUUCCGACUACGAUUUACAAUUUUAAACACAAAUUACAAAUGUACACGAACUUACUCGUAUAAGCGGAUAAUCAGGUAGUAUCUAACGUAAUGUCCAAGUUAUGGUACAACAUGAUAGUCAAUUACUUCGAAGUCCGUUCAUGCGUGUGACUUCACAUAGUCUUCACCGCUUCCGAGGUUCUUUUAUGAGUUUUCUCAGGACAGAAACGUUGUUCUUUUAUUUUACUUUUCUUGUCGAACAUUAUUUUUUGAAUAAAAAUUAAUUAAUUUAU